CAUGACAGUCGUUUCUCCUUUCAUUUUCCGCAUGUAUAGAACAACAUAAAAUGUGGUGAACACGUAAAAUUGUAAUUUAGGUUAUUGUUAGCUAUUAUUUCAACCGUUUACUGUAAAUUUCCGAAAACCACACCCAUCCCCCAUCACUGCGCUUCACCAUGGAUUUGGAAGAUCGCGAUCUGGCCGCGCUUGAAGAACGACUAUAUUCCUCCAUCCACCAUUCGUACGAGGAUACACAGCUGGCAAAGAUUGCUGAUGCAACACAAGUCCCUGCUCCGGCGACGCGCACUGUCUCACGCACUACGGUUGUUAACAAUAGCCAAGGCAUACUACCAGCAAACAUGAAACGGUACUGGGUCGGUUCUGCCGCUCCCAGUGCCGGAGAGCGAGCACCGUACGCUAAACACAAUCCAACCGAUUCUGCGACAAAACAAUCGGCACCCGGUGCGAAUGUGUCGGACACCGUCAAGGAUGGUGGUGGAGUUGUUGAGAUAAAGAAGAUGUUUCUGACACCGUACCAAUCACUGCUCGGAAACAAAGACGAGGUAGUUAGCGAAAAUCAAUCACCACUGCCGGAGAAUACUGUCCGAAACCAGAACGUUCCAGAACGUGCAGCAGCGCCGAAACACGCAACGAAAGAACCGGGAUUGCAGUUGAAGAAGAAGAAACAAACCAAGCAGCCCGGCCAGUAUGUGGAGAAACGGUUAGCAAGCCUGCUGAAGCUUAUAGACAAGGAUAGGAAAGAGAACGCCAUGCAAGUGUUGGAGUCGAAGAAAACUAAGGCAAACCAGGUUCGUCAACGGAAACCGGCACCGGUGGUUGUGGCAGAAAUAUGCAUCAAUUCGUCGGACGAAGAAUCACAACCGGUGAAGCGACAGGAUCAACCCGCCGCUACACCGCUCUUGCUAUCGGAUGAAGAGGGGGAUGAAGUCAUCAUCAUACCAACACCACCACCGCCGCAAAUCUGUAUCGAUUGCAGUGACGAAGAAGAUGCCAGCAGCAGCAGUCAGUUCGCCCUUCGGAAAUCGAAGAACGGCAAGAAGCAGAAACUCGCACCCGCUACCUCAUCACGCUGCCACAGCCCGUCGAACAGUUCGAUCAUGUCGGAUGAUUUUAUCGGUCAGCACGAUCGAUCGCGGCUGAACGAUAGCUUCACCGAAAGCAUACCGAGCGACGAUGAACUGGCCAGUACGAUGGAAGGAAAUCGUCGCUCCGGCACGACCGGCAGACCGGCGAAGGAAGCCGCAGAAAAACGGCUUGAAAGAGUUCCCUCCAUCUCGUCGGAAGAUACGGUCGGUACGAACGGGGAUACCACCGAUCAGGAAAAACGUCCAGAAGAGACAGUCAAAGGAAACGCAGGUAAAUCCCAGCCACAGGCGAAUGGUAUCGGCACUGCGAUUAAUGCAAAAAGUAAAAAGGAAACUAAGAAGACUCCCGCGAAAGGAAAGCUUUCGAAAUCUGCACCGGUCUCUCCCGUCGUCGAGGCAGCAACAUCUCCAAGCACCACGUCCAAAGCGAGCGACACUUCCACUGUCGGCAAACCAUCCGGCAAGUCGAAAACGAGAAGCAAAUCUCCCGUAUCGCUUGUGAUGGAGCUCGUGCGCAAGCAGUUUGAUUACAAAAAGACACGUUCUGACGGUUCGGGCAAAAAAACUAAAAAGAAAAAGGAAGCAUCCGCCAAGGAAGCGGGUGCUCUGUCGUCAUCGGACAAACCAUCAAACGAUUGUGCCGAAAAGGAAAACGCUGGCAAAGGCGGCACCUUGGGAACAAAGGGCAAAUCGAAAAAGAUUCCCGUUAUCGAGGAGAAUGUGUCAUCGGAGAGUGAUUACGACAUUUCGCUUAAAGAUGCUUCAAGCACCAGCACACCGCAGGAAUCGGACAAAAGAUUGAGACGCUCUGCGUCCACGUUCAUUGAGCAGGAAGCCGAUGUUUCGUCCGAAAGUGAUUACGAUGAAAGCUUUUUGCAGACGAAGAGUCCCGGGUCCGAAAAGCAGGCGGUUGAGAAGGAACCGAAGAAACGGAUCGGCCGCAAGCGAAAGCAGUACAACUCGGAAACGUACUCCGAUGAAGAUUUUGCCUGCCUGCUGACGGACAUUGUGCGGGCAGUGUCUGACACGGAGGAGGAGGAGGAGGAGGAGGACGAAGACGACGAGGAGGAAGACGAGACUGCAAAUGUAGAUGCUGUUCGUGUUACGCGGACAGUAUCACCAAAAGUAUCAGAAGCAGUAGCCUCCGUGGCAGGCAACGAACCUGUCAGCAACGAUCAGCCAACAUCAUCGAAAGCGGACCGCAAUCCGAAGAAGAAAAGAAAAGUAAAGAAUCCGCCACCGGCUGCAGCUGCUGCAGGCUGUACGGUAGCCACAACGCAACCAACAGACAGGAUAGAUGAAGAGGAACAGCAAGCGCAGCCCGAACCUGGCGCAAAGAAGAGGAAAAAAGCGAAAGAACCAAAAGCAAGCGUUAAAAACGUUGCCGCGGGCGGUAGUUGCAGCACUCCGGAAAUCGCUCGGUUCGAGAAAGCCACCGGCCCUUCGGAACACGUAGCUCCUUCUCCGAUUGUGAAGAGGAAGAAAAAACAAACCACGAAAGGAAGCGUGCCAACAACACCAAACUACACGCUAACGAUCACCGAUUCUGACGACGAAGACAUCCAAAUCGUUGUAAGCGAGCCGGCACGGGACAGUGAGCGGAAAACUCCAACCCUUGGGCCCGACUGUGCCUGGAACGAGGAAAUGAAACAAUUCUACAACACUUCGUGGGCUGGCGAAAACAUGGAUUUGGAAAUGGCUUUAAGAAAGAUGCCAUACGACAACAGACAGUGGCACAUUGUGAACAGAGAUCGGUUUCCCGAGCCACCCAAAAAAGAAAUUACCUGCAGCAACUGCGGUGAGCGUGGCCAUGUGAAGAUCAAGUGCCGGAACGCACCGAAACAGGCGAUUUGCUACAUGUGUGGCGAAAAGGGACACAGGGAACCGCGGUGCCCCAAAACGAUCUGCUUAAACUGUGGCGCAAAAACGCACAGCUUCGUGCGUGGAUGCAAGAGCUGUUCGCGUGACGCUGACGUCAUAUGUUUCCUUUGCGGAAUACGGGGACAUACGCAGCGCAGUUGCCCGGAUCUGUGGCGGCGAUAUCACAGUACGACCGAGGAUAAUGUACCGCUGAGGGAAGGCGUUGAGAAAAACCCCAAAGCAAGAUGGUGCUCGAUCUGCGGCCGAGCCGGACAUCAGGCCCACACGUGCAACGAUGCGCGACGCAUCUUUGGCCAUCCGAUACCGAACGUGCACGUGAGCUCGUACAUGCCAGCCUACCGCGGAGAGUACAAUCGGUACAGCAAGCAUCAAAAUGACGAACAGGAGCGGCGGUUCGCCGAGAAUCCUACUGCCCGGUACAAUUUGUUCAGCGACGACGCCAAUGCGUGUGAGUUCAAUCUGCCCGAGCUGGCCCAAAACGAGAAGGGGUUCUACUUCAGCUUCCUCAGAUCGACUGGCCUGCUGGAAAAGCAUCUGCAGUUCAGCAGGGAACAGGAGGAAGCUAGCAGGUUAUUACGAGAACAACAGCAGCAGGUGCCUGCGCAUCCUGAACCGGCGCCUGAAGCAGCUGCGGCCAUCGAAACGUCUCCCCACGAUCCCCAUCCUGUUGCUCAGAUAAAGGAGGAGGAGGAGUCACAGCCCGGACAGCAGAUAAUGGAAGAAGCCGUUAAAGUUUGCCCGCAAGAACCCAUCGACAGCGAUAUGCCUGCAAGCGACAAUGUACCAGUAGUGGAGGAAAACUCCAACUACAGUUUUUCCGAAUUUCAUUCAGAUACUUUUACGGACAUGCAUAAUUUUUCCGACAGUAUACAACGGCAGGUUGGGGACGAUGCAUUAUCGCCACCAACACCACCACGUCCACCGGCCGACAGUGUUGUGGUGCCGACCGAAAGCAACACCCAGCAACAGCUGCAGACCUGGCUCUCUGAUUAUAUACCUCUAACGGUUGCCGAUCCCGUUCCUCAAACAACACCAUCCCCCGGACCAUCGCCAAUACUGCCGGCGGCAUCAACACCGGAACCAAAUCUCCCCCCAGCAGCUAGUGCCUGUGAAGCGGCGGCGAUCGCACCAACGGCAACGGAGAAUGCAAAGGUGCUGCUCACCAAGCAACAUGCCUCCCAGCUGCUGUCCGAGCAAGGUGCCAAAUUUCUCAGCUCGGCAGGCACACGGCACGGUGUGCAGCUGAGCAUCUUGUUCGAAUCGGUCGGCAAUGUGCUGCUCAUCACCGGUGCGCCCGAGGCUCAGUCCGCGUUUCACGAGCAGCUCGUGCACUACCUGCGCGAAACGGAGCAAGCCGCCGCAAAUGGCAAGUACUUGCAAAACAUCGUACCGAAGCACAGCAACAAAAUGACGCGCUACAUUGCCGGCUAUCUGCGCUGUCUGGUGCGCGAGAAGGACAGCGUGCGGCUGAUGCUGGAGCGGCUGCACCAAUCAACGAACGCAGAAACGCAGGAAAAGUGGCGCCGCAAGCUAAAUACCCAUCUGCUCGGCGUGUGCGGGUUGCGGGAUGGGCGCAAGCAUCUCAACAUGCUGCGAAGCCAGCUGGCGCUGUGCAUGAAUGCGAAUCCCUGGAAGGGCGAGCUGGAGGAGUACCGGCGCGUCAUCAUAAGCGAUGCCAUCCGGUACAUCUUCUCCGGCUACGAUCACAAGAACUAUGACGCGCUGGUGGAAGAGUUCGAGCUGUUGAAACGAACAAACCGGCUGACCAUGCUCACGUUCUACGAUUUGGGCAUUCCGAGGAUCAUAACUCGACCCCAAACCUUGGAAGUGUCGCCGAAGAAACUACAGGGCAAAGGGAAGAAAAGCGGCGUCGGUAAAUCAAACUCGAUCGUUCGAGCGUAUCAGGGCAAAAAGCCGGCCAAGGAACGGAUGGCUCGCCAGCGGGAUGAUUUAACUGUGGAACCUGGUGUUGAUAGUUUCAUAAUGAACACAACGCCCUUCCCGACGAUCGAUCCGAUCCGGUUGCAGCAGCUCGACCACUCGACGCGCUACGCACACCACACCGCUGCGCCACAGGAGCGCGAGAAUGGGUCGUAUCCGGACUGUGCGGGGAAAAAUUGGUCCCAGCGCGACUGGAGACGCCAAGAGUCGGCAAGAGACGAUCGACCCCGUUACCACUGGUUCCGGCAGCAGGAACCUACACACAGCCACAGACACCAGCAAGGCGGUGCGGACAUAUCGCGACUGGGGUAUCGGGCGAACACGCUGCGCGAGCAGGAGUUGGGUCAGCUGCAAAGGAUCCAGGACAUGUUGCGGCGGUAAUGAAAGGCUGGCGGCUGCAUGGAAGUGAAGCGGUGCAUCGCCGCAUUGCGUGAGCUUCGGUGAGGCUUGGGAAAAUACAACACCACUCGUGGAAAUUUACAGUAACAA